CGGACUCCACUUCACCUGGCAGUCUUCAAUAACAUGAUCAACGUUGUCAAGGUGAUGCUGUCACAUGACAGUGACGGUGUCACGUUGGAUACCACACUGCGUGAAUGGGAAGGGAAAACAGCGUUGGACGUAGCCAGGGAAAGGAAGCAUGAGGGAUGUGUGCAGUUGCUGGUGGAGCACGAGAGUGCGAAGGAGGAACUGGAACUUCGAACUGCUGCUGUGGCUGAGGACAUCAUUGGUGGCAAGGACGAGGCCAGCGUGGUACGUGUGCGUAUGUACCUUGUCGGCAAGUACGCCACAGGAAAGUCCAGCUUUGUCCGUGCACUGCUCGGUGAAGAGUUCAUUGAAAACGCAGACAGCACCGACUCCAUUUCCAUCCAUCGAUCCAGACUCAGAAUGCAUCUCUCCUCUCAACUCGCCACAGGCACACAAGAAGCCGCACAAGUUCUUGUGGACAACAGUCAACAUAGUUUCUUUGUCAAUCUACUCACAGCUCGUAUCCGAUCAUCUCUAGAUCUGGUCAAGAAAAUCAAGGAGGCUCCAGAGCUACCCAUCGCUGCACAACCAUCAGCAUGGUCCAAGCUCAAGAAAUUCACCAGGUCACUACUUCCACCAACAAAGAGUACUCCUUUGGCUACUUUCCCGGCUACUGGUGGAGCAGCAGCUACAUCCGCUGUCCACAAUGAGUUUGCCAAUGUUCCUCAUGCUAAUGACCUGACCAAAGUGGCACCAGAUGUUAUCUCUCAAGUUCGCUCGUCUGUCAGCAAUGUCGAUAACAGUUCAAAUGGAGAGGAAGCAGCGUAUGCGUUUGUUGAGCUGUGGGACAUGGGUGGACAGAUGCCGAUGUUGGUACAACAAAGCAUCUCGUUUUCAAUUUGUGACAGCGUGUACAUUGUGACUCUUGACAUGAGGUGUGACCUGGAUGAAGAGGUAACGGAAGACGUCUACCGCUUCGAUGGUCAGGAGAUUGUAACUUCUAUACCGUUGCCAGGAAUGACGCAGGCUGACUACCUUCACAUGUGUCUGUCACUGAUUGCUUUGCAGCAUAGAGCAGACACACACCCUGACCAGCAUCACCACCAGCAGCAGCAGCAACAGCAGCAGCAACAGCAGCAGCAGCCGCAACAGCAGCAGCAGCAGCAGCAACAUCAGCAGCACCAACAGCAGCAGCAUCAGCAUCAGUCAGACACAGAGGCGGGUAAGAGCAGUAGCAGCAAUAGCAGCCACCAUCAUGAUGAGUGUAGCACAGCCAUCAUGGUUGUUGUUACCCAUGUGGAUCUUGUCGACGACGACCAAAUAGAGAAGAAGAAGGACAUGUUCUUCAAUGCCGUGUCCAAGCUGGCUGAAAGGGCCGGCCCCAACGUCAAGGUCUGUGGACCCUUCUUUGUUGACAAUCACCGUCUUCAAGAUCGCGUAUCUCGCCACAGCCAGCUUGCUGAAGCACAGCAAGAGCUCUCUAGAAUUGUGUCUGCCUUUCCUGUCCAAGCAAUUCCCUUGAUGCAAGUGAAGAUAGAAGAAGCUAUUUCUCUCCACCAAAAGGAAAUGCUUCGCUAUGCAAAGGCUGGGUGCAGUGAUGAUGCAAUGCAAGCUACCAGUAGUGAGCAGCAGCAGCAGCGGCAGCAGCAGAGUUUUGUUAGUAUGGACUACCCACAGUUUGUAGACUUUUGUCGGCAUGUUAGCGGCAAAGAUCUCACCACUGCACAAGUGUCUGAUCUACUGCACCACCUUCAGCAACAUGGCACAGUGUUUUGCUGUGACUGCCCGCAUCCACUCACUUCAAGUGUCAUUUUCCUUGAACCCCAGCAGCUGUUACUCAACUUUGUACGCUUGAUGACCUUCCCUCUGAAGGAGACAGCUUUUCCAAGCACCUCAGCAACAUUAGUCAGAGAAGUGCAACACUUUCGACGUACGGGAAUUGCCAGCGCGAUGUUGAUAGAGAAAGUUUGGUAUCCUCUCAGCCGUGUUGUCCAGCUAGCUCUCUGCAAAUCCAUGUGUUACUUCAACUUGGCAGCAGAACUUCAGCCCGCCAGCAGUGCAGCCACCAGCAGUACAGCCACCAGCAGUACAGCCACCAGCAGUACAGUCACCAGCAGUACAGUCAACAGCAGUACAGCCACCAGCAGUACAGAUACCAGCACCGGAGGGUGUGGCAGUAGAGUCGGCGGCAGCAGCAACAGCAGCAGCAUCAGCAGACAAGACAGAUGUCCGGUUGUCACGUCAGGCCUACCCGACCUCUUCAUCCCGUUCUGUUGCAACCAGGAAGCAUUACGGUUGGUUUUGGAGGAUGAUGUUCCCUUUAAGCUACCGUUUAACCACCUCAGCUUCCCUGGGAUGCUGUUUCCUCCACCACUGUUCGGUCGCUUAGUCACCUACAUAAUUCAUCGUAUGAAGAAAGAGUCAGCCAGUCUUCAGUUCACAUCCAGUGCGGCAUCACUGAAUUUGGAGGUUGGUUGUAGCCAAGUAUGCCUCUGCUGGACACCGACAGGUGUUCGCUUAGAAUGCGCUGCUGCUACACCAUCCAUACUUGCUGAUGUGGCUUGGGAUAUGAAGAGUGCAAUUGUUGACUUCACACAAGUUCUCAGCACCCAAGGGUACCGGCAGUUCACAGUUGUUGGUGAGUCUUUCGCCUGCACUUCCGCAUCAUGCCAGGAUCGCCUGAAGGAAUGCAGCAGUCCUGCAGAGGUGCUGGUACACUCGUCGUGGGUGUUGCUAACCAGCUUGCACAAGAAGCAUUUCUUGACGGCAUACGAGUCAGAUGGGAACACCGCCCUGACCUUCAAGGCUACGUGUGCUACCUGCAAGGAGAAGGUCAUUAUUCCGAGGUCCUUCUGGCCCUGGCUGCGUAAGGAUGUGCCAUUUGUCCAAGCUGAGCAGCCACUAGCAGCAGCAGCAGUGCCACCAGCAGCAGUGCCACCAGCAGCAGCAGCAGUGCUACCAGCAGCAGUGCCACCACCAGCAGCAGUGCCACCAGCUGCAGCAGUGCCACCUGCUUCAGCAGUGCCACCAGCAGCAGUGCCACCAGCAGCAGCAGCAGUGACACCAGCAGCAGUGCCACCAGCAGGACAAGCAGCAGCAGCAGCAGCAGCUGCAUUACCUCUGCCAUCAUCAUCAUCAGCAGCAGCAGCAGCAUUGGAGUCCGCAUCAGCAGCAGCACCAGUGCCACCAGCAGUACAAUCAACAACAGCAGUAGCAUCAUCAGAAUCAUCUACAUCAUCAUCAUCAUCACCAUCAUCAUCAGCAGCAUCAGCAUCACCACCAGCAGCAGCAUUAGCACCCGCAGAGGCAGUUUCAUGCCAACGGUCGACAUCACCGGAGAAGCUUGUACCAGAAGAUGGUUUAGCAAAGGUACUCCAACCGGAGCUUAACACUAACCAACCAUAUGAGGACGAAAAUUCGUACGGCGACCCAUUCAAACAAAGUGCCUUCAUAACCCAUAUCUCACCUUGGCUGGGCACAUUACCCGCAGGAACAUUUCGUAAAAUGGCUCAAGAGGCCAGGUUCUUUGCCGAUCUGGAGCAGAUAGACGACUUGAAGAGGAUUGAGAGACGAGAUGGACCACGCGCUCACAACGAGGAGUUGGUCAACAUUGUAAGCAGCGAGGAACAGGUCGGCUACAUCAAGCUUGUGAAGGUCAUCAAACGCUGGGGUAAAUAUCCCAACAAGGUCGACAAGAUGAACCAGCUGCUGCCACGACGGGCCCGUGUGUAAACGAUGGAGGUUUCAAGCACUUCAAGCAGCAAGUGCUGGUACCGU